UUCUACUUUCAACCAAAAUAGACGCACAAGUGCUCUGUGUCGCAAAACAAGCAAACAAGCAAAAAAAAAAAAUCAACAGCAUUGUUUUCCUUUAAACAAUCAGGCGGCUCUCAGGUCAAGUAGGCUGGGUAGUAAAUCACACGACCCUAGGUGUGUACAAAGUCAAUGUUAAGGAGCCUACUGUGAUUUACAUUUACAAGUGCGUGAGGAGCACGCGAGCGAAAAACGGUGCACAAUACCUCCAAGUUCAUCGGCGUUGGUGUCGAACGCGAUUUAAUUAGCGGUGCAUUUCUCAUCACAGAGCAAAAAGCGUGCAAUAAUUGGGGGGAAAAAAUCUGCACAAUAAGUGAGAACGAGACAGCUCGCGGUUCGGUUGUUGUGUGUAUAUUCUUGUUUAGUGUAAUUGUACGUCUCUGGUGUAUUGUGUGUAACGUCCUGUGAAACAGACAGAAGCGCAGCAAAAAAGUUGUAUUGAUUUCCAAUAGAAAAGGAGGAAAAAACCUACAAAACAGUACAAAAAUGUCAGACGAGCUGUCCUCCAUCCUCAACCGCCGCCAGGCCAUCAACGACGCACUGGAAAACGGCCAAGAAGUAAAGCACACCUACCGGGUAGUGAACAUCUACACGGAGUUUCACGAGUUCUCGCGGAAGGAGAUCAAGGAAUACCAGACCACGUUCUCCAAGUACGACGUCGGCAACGAUGGCUUUCUAGAUCUGGCCGAGCUUAAGUUUAUGAUGGAGAAGCUCGGUGCCCCACAGACUCAUCUCGGUCUCAAGGGAAUGAUCGCGGAAGUGGACGAGGAUAAGGACGGCAAGAUUUCGUUCCGCGAGUUUCUGCUCAUUUACAGGAAAGCUCGCGCCGGCGAACUGGUGUCCGAUUCCGGCCUCGGCCAGUUGGCCCGCCUCACCGAGAUCAACGUGGACGAGGUCGGCGUGAACGGGGCAAAGAACUUUUUCGAGGCCAAAAUCGAGCAGCAACUGAUGACGAACAAGUUCCACGACGAAAUCAGGCAAGAGCAGGAAGAGAAACGGCGGAUGGAGGAGGAACGUAUUCUCCGGCGGCAGCAAUUCCAGCAGCGUGCGGCCGUUUUCCAGUAGAGACAGAGCGAAGGAAUUGUGCAUGUUUGUCACGUGCUGCAGUAGAAGGAGAAGGAGAACUCACACUUCUCUGUAAAUGUGUUGUACAUGUUUAAACUUAGUCACAGUUUAGGGUUUUAGCUUGCUUUAAGUUUAAGUUUUAUUGUGUCAGACCAAGAAACGCAAAUGUGUCAUUUCAGUUUUAGUUGAUAUUUUACCUGGUUUAGUGAGAAAUCGUUCAUUAUCCACAACAAAAAAAUACAAAACACGUAAUCAAUUGCUUUCAAAGAGAAAUAAAAGAAUUGUGAUAAUGAGGAAUCAAAGGAAUCUAACAAAAGAGAGGAGGUAAAACACUAGGUAGAUAGAUCAAGAAUGGAUGGCCAUAUUUUGCCUAUUCCCUUGUGGUUAGGAGGCAAACUCAAUAAAAAAGGGAAAGGCACCCACAAAGCAGAAAGCACCUCUCCCAUUUUAUUUUAUUCCACUAUUUUAUUCGCUGAUUUUAUGUUUACGUUUAAGUUUAAGUCACUCGCUUUGUGCUUCUACUGUUAAACUCAAUCAACAAAAAAAAAAAAAAAAAACGGCUUCGUCCAUUUUAAGACACAACUUCACACACUCACACAGUUUAUCAUUAGGAGUUAGGUAACGGAAAGGUAUCAAAAAAACAAGUUUUGAGGAGAGAAAAAACGAAAACCAAGCUCAGCUCAAAAGUAGCGAGAAAUAUAUUUUUGAUAUUUGAGGAUUUGUGAACGAUUGCGUGCGACGAACGUGAGUGCAAAGUAGCAAAUGCGAACGGUAUUGAGUCCGGGUUAGGAAAAAAUACCUUAACUUUAGAGUUGUAGAGUUUGUGAAAGGUGAACCACCCAACCACCCACACACUUAGACCGUAAGUUUGUUGUGUGUUUUCGUGGCAUAAAUGUACCGAAAGAGUUACAGAAUAAAUGUUUCAGUUCACCAAUGUC